GGUUGUUCUAUAGCGUCAACAUACUCAAUGACACGUAUGGCAUAAAUUCUGUUACCAGUUGUCGUCGCCUCUGUAAAGAUGAAUCUACAAUCGCUAGGGCGCCAGACGUGGGCGUUGACGAGGAAGAACCUCCUUAUCACCAUUCUUCGAAAGUGGCGUUCGACCUUAUUCCGAUCUCUCCUCUUUCCGAUAGUUGUUCUGGUCCUCUUACUUGAAGUUCAGAAUUUCUCCAAGGAUACUAACGGAUAUGGAAUCGCCAACCCUCGCUCGGUCAGCAGCCUUGCUGAUAGCAUGGCGAGUAAUUCGAAAUCACUCGUCUUAGUUCAAGAGCCUGGCCUUGGGGCUGACUUUCAGCCUGUUCUUGAGAAGAUUACAGACCCCCUAGACUCGAAUAGACUUAUUCAUCUGGAGGAUUCUAACAAGAUCGAUGCCACUUGUCCGGUAGAUUAUCAUGGGAACUCGCCAUGCCAUGCGGUAGUAAUCUUCAAGGACUCACCUCUCAGCGGGCACGUUAACGCAACAUGGAACUAUACCAUCAGAACAGACCCCAGCCUCAACUACUGGUCUUUCAACGUCUUCGACACGAACAGCGCCGUCGAUAAGGUCUACCUACCUCUACAACUAGCUAUCGAGAACGCGAUGCUCAACUUAACCGAAAGCCCGGACUUCAUGCCUUAUACUUAUCAAACACAAGAGGAAGAGGAUGAGCAAUCAAGAAGGGGCUUUCUCAUCACAGCACUGUAUCUCUUGUCUUUUAUCUACUACAUCACCUUUAUCCCGGUUGGACAUCACGUUGCGGGUAUGAUAGCGUCCGAGAGGGAAUCUGGAAUGUCAGACCUAAUCGACGCAAUGGGUGGAGGAGUUGCUUGGCCAAGGGUUCUGAGCUAUGUUUUCACAUUUGAUAUCCUAUACCUUCCUCUAUGGAUCAUAAUGGGAGCCUUAUACUGGGCUCUCCUUGUCCCUAGCCAGAACGCGGCCGUUACAAUAUUCUGGCAAAUAUUCACGGGGUGGGCAAUUACAAGUUCGUCUGUGUUCGGGGCUGCAUUUUUCAAGAGAUCUGCUUUUGCUAGUCUUUGGGUUUCAUUGAUCCCCUGGCUACUAGCAAUCUGCUGUGCCUUCUCAGAGAACUUAGCAGAACCUGCUCCUCUUAGCCAGGUCGUUACAUUGUCUUUCUUCUUUCCUAGCAUGAACUACAUCUACUUCUUCAACUUCAUUGCUAAGGCCGAAAUUGCUGGAAUCCGCCUCAACAUGCAGCAACCAAUACCGGACUCGAGCUUAGACAUGGGUUCAAUUACCGGUCAGGGGUAUGGGGUCAAUUGGGUCAGUCUCGUCGGCCCUUAUUUCCUCUGGGUUAUCUUGGUUGUCCAAAUCAUUGGCUACGCGUUGUUAGCUGUUCUGGUUGAGACGUUCCUACAUGGAAACAACCAUCAUCGUCGAACGUUUCAUGACAGCCCAGAAGCAGUCAAUUCCCAUGUCGCCAUCGAGACUAUCGACUUGGAGAAACAGUAUCGGCCGUCGUGGUUCAAGAAAUUAUUCUGUUGUGCGCGCACUCCGAAAACCAAAGCCGUUGAUGGGUUGAAUCUUGUCAGUCAGAAGCGCCAGAUUCUUUGUCUGUUAGGUCCUAAUGGUUCUGGGAAAACAUCAACCCUCGACAUGCUAGCUGGAUUUCAAGUGCCUACUGGAGGUCAAGUACACAUCAAUGCUUCGCCAUCGCAAUUGGGUAUUUGCCCGCAGCGUAAUGUGUUGUGGGACAACCUGACUGUCUACGAGCAUCUGGUCAUCUGGAACGCUCUCAAAGGUAACACCGAAGAUCCAACGGCCCUCGAAAAGCUGAUCGAAAAAUGUGACCUUGCGCUCAAGAAGAGCAGUUUCUCAAGAAACUUGAGCGGCGGUAUGAAGCGAAAACUCCAAUUGGCUUGUAUGCUUGUCGGUGGCUCCUCCGUCUGUUUAAUGGACGAAGUUACUUCCGGUCUUGACCCCCUGUCUCGUCGUGUUAUUUGGAAUGUGGUUCUUAGCGAGAGAUCCCAGAGAACUAUGGUGCUGACUACACAUUUCCUUGACGAAUGCGAGGUUCUAUCAGACCACAUAGUAAUCAUCACGCUGGGGAAGCUUAAGUGCCAAGGAACACCGACUGAGCUGAAGAACCAAUACGGCGGAGGCUAUCGUGUCCAUAUUCCAAGGACCGAAGAUGUAUCAAGCAUACCAUACCCAGUGACACAGCAACAUGAUAGGUACAUUUGCAGGACACCUGACUCGGCGUCCGCUGCGGGACUUAUAGCCUCCUUAAAGAACUCGAGUGAUUCAGAGUUAUAUAUCACCGGGCCUACCAUCGAAGAUGUGUUCCUAAAAGUCUCCGAGGAGCCGCACACACUCAUCGGUGAGACACCAGAGGAUAUCUCAAUCGCAGACUCUCAGCCAAGCAGGGUGAAAAGCCCAUACGUCGAACCACCUCUAUGGGUUACCUACUCGCAGCAAUUCUGGGCUCUCUUCCUGAAGAGGAUCCAGGUCCUGCGCUCAAACUGGUGGGCCUACCUCUUCGCCCUCGCCAUUCCUAUCAUCGCGACCUACGCCAUCGGGACUUUCCUCAAGAACUACGAGGUUCCCGACUGCAGCCGUUUGAUUUCGUUUUCACCAUAUGACAGCCGUAUGAGUUACACAUAUACCAGCGCAUUCGUGCUUGGACCUCCAUCCGUAAACAAUACAGUCGAGGAUAUAAUUAGUGCCACGAGCAACUAUCACUACAGCAGCUAUGGCGGCGGGCCCUACCUCGUAGAUAGCCGGAACGACCUCGAGGACUUCGUCCGUACCAACACCGUGGAUAUCUCGUAUGGGGGCGCGGCAUGGAUAGGUAAUGACACCAAGCCACUUGUCGCCUACUCUGCGAUGUCUGGAUCUUCGGGCGCUUCUGGCCUAUUGAACCUCGUUAACCAGGUCCGCAGUGGGGGGCGUGUAGCAGGCUACCUGUCUACCCUUCGCUCAUAUCACCAGGCCGAAGGAGGAGAGAGCAUGUUCUACGUCACCAUAUUCUGUCUGCUUCAGGCGCUCUACCCGGCUUUCUUCUCUCUUUACCCGACCUACGAGCGCAGAUCUCAAGUCCGAGAACUGCAGUAUUCGAAUGGUGUCCGGCCGUUCCCUUUGCUAUUUUCGUAUUGGAUGUUCGAUUUCGUGUUUGUCCUAGUGAUCACCGCAGUAUGCACGGCCUUGAUCGCCCCUAUCGCUCCAUGGUUCGGUAUAGGUUACAUCUGGUUCAUACAAGUGCUUUACGGGCUUGCGGCUAUCCUUUUCGCGUACCUGAUUUCUCUCAUGUCCCGCUCGCAGCCAGCGGCGUUUGCUUACUCGAUCUUAUUCAUGACUAUCAUGUAUGUCAUCUCGAUCGUUGCACUAUUAGUCAUUCAAAUAACGGAUAGUGCCAACCAAAUGGCAAACGAUGGAACCGCCUACGGACUCGGUCUUAUCUUCCCUAUCCAGAACCUUAUGCGAGGCAUGGCUGUGAGUUUGAACAUGUACAUCGUCCGUUGCCGAGGCCAGGACAUGGUUACAGACCCGGGCUCAUUCUACGCUUUUGGCGGGCCCAUCAUGCUACUCAUCCUGCAAAUCGUUGGCCUCUUCAACUUGCUCUUGUGGCUUGAAGGCGGUAGCUUCGCGUGGAUCUCAAAGCCUAAGCAUCUGCCACCAAUUAUCGACGACGCAGAGAAGAGCGGUUUCUCGUCAGGACGGCCGGAUGUUGACGCCGAGACAGCUCGUGUAGCCGCAUCGGAGAUGGAUCUCCUCCGUGCGCUUCACGUAUCCAAGAAAUUUGGGCCUAAUGUUGCGGUUGACGACGUGUCGCUCGGUCUCCAGGAGGGCGAGAUCCUCGCUCUUCUAGGCCCCAACGGCGCUGGAAAGACUACUAUGAUUAACAUGAUCCGCGGGGACUUAACACCAAGUAGUGGUCGGAUUUACCUCGAGGGUGUUGACGUGCUUAGGAACAAGCGACUAGCUCAGAAGCACCUUGGUGUCUGUCCCCAAUUCGACGCCCUGGAUCUUCUCACAGUCCGCGAACACUUAACAUUCUACGCACGAUGCAAAGGCGUCGACGAUAUAAAGAGUGCCGUAUCCUACGUGAUGGCCCGCGUGGGCAUCACAGCACACGCAAGUAAAAUGGCUGCCAAGCUCUCUGGUGGUAACAAGCGCAAACUAAGCCUUGCCAUCGCGUUACUUGGCGACCCGCCAGUACUUCUCCUCGACGAGCCCAGCUCGGCCAUGGACGCGGCGUCGAAGCGCGUUCUAUGGCGCACACUGGCUGCCGUGGCGCCCGGUCGUUCCGUCUUAUUAACAACACACUCGAUGGAAGAAGCUGAUGCUCUCGCCACACGUGCGGCAAUUGUGGCGCGUCGGGUCCUGGCCGUCGGCACGACGGAAGCGUUGCGUAAGACGCACAGUAACGAGUACCACGUACACCUGAUCCUGCGCAGCGCCCCGCUGUCGACAGCCCAGGAGAUGCGUGGCGUAGAAGAGUGGGUGCGCCGCACGUUUGGGAACGCAUUGCGCUUCGAGGGAGAGAGCCUGGGUGGCCAGGUUAGGUUCGUAGUCCCGGCUGAUAGCAAUGUUCCCGAGUCGGCGAGUGAAUCAUCCGCCGGCGAUGAUAUUGCGCCUGCGGAGGGACGGCACGCAACGCGCAGCUUUACAAGAUACCUGAUCGAGACGUUAGAGGCUCGCAAGGAGGAGCUAGGUAUUGACUGUUAUUCUAUCUCCGCAGCGACGAUGGAGUCAGUGUUUAUGAAAGUGGUUAAGGAGAGCGAUGUUGCUGAGGAUGAAGGACGGCAGCAAAAGCGCUGGUGGCGGUGGUAGGAAUCAGGGACCAGUUGCGAAUAAGCAACGGCUCGAAGAAAAUUCGAGGAAUGGGAUAUAGGACGUAAUAGCAUAUUUAUUUUAUCAUCUGCUUUGCAAAUACCUAUUCGUAGCGGAAAUUUUAUAAAUGUCUAAGACGUUUAGACGUGGUCGAUAUAAGUAUAAAUAUUUCACUUUUCGAG